AUGUCGAGUUCAGCAAAGAAACCACAAGUCGCAAAUGAAGAUAGUGACGAUGAUGAAAAUGACGUUUUCCAUGACGCCCGAUUUCCCCGCGAUGAAGAAGCUCAACUGCUCUCGCAAUCUAAUACCCAAAAGUCUGAAGCCAACAAGCUCUUCUCCUCCGCCUGUUAUUCCGACGCCAUAGUCACCUACGAUCGCGCUCUCUCCCUUUGCCCGAACUACCUUGAUUACGAAGUUGCCGUUUUACGAAGCAACAUCGCUGCAUGUCACCUGAAGCUUGAAGACUGGAAGGCAGCUAUUGAUUCGGCAACUGCGAGUAUAGAGUGUUUGGACCGAGUGCUCCCCUCUUUGUCCACGUCUGCAGCUACAGGCGAAAGAGAUAAAUCAAACGAGCCUGCCCAGCCACGGGAUGAUGCAAACGCUGUGGUAGAAAUUGGGGAUGGUGAUGAGGAGGACGAAGCCGAGCAAUUAAGGAAAUUGAACGAAAGCGACGCGAAGAGAGCAGAUGUCAAACGAAUCCGCGCCAAAGCACUGAUGAGAAGAGCCAGGGCGAAGCUGGAACUGGGUGGAUGGGCAAACUUGCAGGGAGCGGAGACAGAUUAUAAGGAGUUGUUGGAGCUGAGAGUGUUGCCGAAGAACGAUGAGCUGGGUGUAAUGAAAACGCUGAGAGACCUGCCCGCAAGGAUCAAUGUUGCGAGGGAAAAGGAGAUUGGAGAUAUGAUGGGAAAAUUGAAAGAUCUUGGUAAUGGUAUUCUAAAACCGUUCGGACUAUCGACAGAUAACUUCAAAUUUGUCAAGGACGAGAGUACAGGAGGCUACAAUAUCGCCUUUGAGAAGUGA